AUGUCAACUGCUUCAUUACAAAACUACAGGGUUUUGGAAACCCCAAAAGAGAUUAAAUCUUUCAGGAAAGUAGCUUGCCACCCCAUGCCUUACCCUUACGCAGUUUUCUUUUGCCACUAUGAUGAGGAUUCAAGUGAGACCAGAGUUUUCAAGGUGUCAAUGAUUGGUGAGAACACCAAAGACAAAGUAGAUGCUGCUGCCGUUUGCCACAUGGACUCUGCUAGCGCCGCCCUUCUUAACCUCACAGACAAGCAAGGCAAAUCUCCAAUGUGCCACUUCUUCUCUGCCGGGGAUCUGAUUUGGGUUCAGUGA